CCUUAAUUCCGACUACACAUCUCUCUCUUUAAAUCACCAUAAAAUGUUUAGAACUGCCCUUAGAAACUCCGUACGCACUGCCACGAGGACCUUGAGAACUGUGCCUGUCACCAGAACCGCCCCGGUUGCUGUGGCAGCUUCUGCUGGUCUUGCAUGGGGCCUCAUGGGUGCCGCUAUCAUUGCCAAUGAUGCUGACAAUGAAAAGGUUCAACUGGACUUGAAUAAAAAGAUUGAAGAACGUAUUUUGGAUGAAGGAAAGAAACAGGUUUCUUUUGAACAGGCUCCUGUUGAAGAUGAUGCUGAAACUGCUCAAGUGGAAGCCGUUGAAUCUGUUGAAUCUUCUGCUGACUCAUCAGAAGAAUCUUCUGGUCCAUCCCAAGCUGCUGCCUACAACCCAGAAACCGGUGAAAUCAACUGGGACUGUCCAUGUCUCGGUGGUAUGGCUGAUGGUCCAUGUGGUGAAGAGUUCAAGGAAGCAUUUGCCUGUUUUGUGUACUCUGAAACCGAACCAAAGGGGAUCGAUUGUAUCAAGAAGUUUGAAAACAUGAGAACUUGUUUCAGACAAUACCCAGAACACUACCGUGAAGAGUUGUAUGAAGACGAAGAGCCUGUCAGCAGUGCUCCAGACUCCACCACCGACGGUGCUGAAGUCGUUGUCGUUGCUGAACCAGUUGACGUUGAAGUUGACGUUGUUGAAGUUGUUGAGCCAACCGUUGAAGUCGUGGAAGUUGUAGAAUCCACCGGAGCUUCCGAAGAGGCUACCAAAUAGAUAGACCAUUAGCCCUGGAACAGAAAAGAAAACUAAAAUUACUUGUGAAUAGUUCAAUAUAUGUAUACAUAUUAUUA